AUGGUCUCAUGGAAUGAUAUGAAUGGCCCGCCUCGUAAGAAAAUGCGAAAGGGAACCAAAAGCUGUACCCAAUGCCGCCGUCGCAAGAUUCGAUGUACUUUCAAUCCUGAUCGCCCGGAAGCUUGCAAUGAAUGUCGCUUGCGCGGCUCGACUUGUAUUGACCAGGAGUACGAUUCCGAAAAGCCCAGCAUCUCGGGUGCUGCUCAAGGAGAUCAGCGGUACAGCCUCCGGGAGCGUGUAGCUCAUUUGGAAAAUGUAGUGCAAGACCUGGCGAGACGAAUAGACAAGAAUAGCCCUGCUCAAUCGCCGGGUAAGCAGUUUGAAUGCGCCCACAGUGGCGCAGUUCUAUCUUCUGCAGAAGACAUGACGCCUCCAACAGGCGAAUCAGACAAACUGGGACCAUCUAGUUGUCAGAUCCAAAGUGCGCCAGUCAUGCAACUAUUCGAUAAUUAUCUUGUCAGCCGUCGCGAGGAUCUGUCCAUUAACGAUCAGUUCAUGGGUGCUAAGGAUGUAUCUCCCAAGGCACGAACGGUCCGAGCAGAGCUUCUAUCUUUACUUCCAUGUGCGCAGGAUAUCCGCAAGAUUGUCGAAGAAGGAUCGAGAUUUUGGUGCAAGUGGGAGGAAAAUUUCCCCGAGCUUGUCAAUGCAUUUGAGGCCAAGUCCCAGUCUGAGAAUCUAGUGGCACCUGCGGAAAUCGCGAAAGGCUUGGUCUACCUCUCUAUAAGCGUCCUACAAUCACCACCUGAUUUCGACUUCAAUACUUUGCGAGUUCCAAUCAAUCCUCAGGAAUUUGCUGCACGCUGCUGUGCGGCCGCGGAUCGGUUGAUUGUCCGUGAUGAUGAUUACGCUGCGACACUGCCUGGUAUGGAAUGUCAAAUGCUGCUCUCCAAGUACCACUUGAAUGAAGGUCGUCUUCGAAAAGCGUGGCUCGUGGUCCGCAGAACUAUCGAGUUUGCGCAUCUCGCAGGAAUGCAUCUAUCAACCCGUACACCUCGACCGACAGAUACUUUGUUCGAAAGACGACUGAAGCUCUGGUGCGCUAUAACGAACGCAGAUAGAUCUCUAAGUUUGAUUCUCGGUCUUCCAUAUGGAGUCGCAGAUGCCUUCUUCAUGCCUCAAGCCCAAUUACGGCUCAGUUCAGACAUUCCAGCCGCGGAGCAAUAUUUCUUACGUCUCGGAAUAAUCAGUGGACAUAUGAUUGAUCGCAAUCAGAAUCCAUCGGAAAUGUGUCUCGAGUCAACAUUGCGGCUUGAUCAAGAGCUUACGGACGCCUGGGAGGCCAUGCCUCGGAGUUUUACAGGCCCUGAGCCUGGACCCGAUGAGAACCAGGAAAGUUUCCACGAGCGGAUCCCGUUGCAAUUCAUGCCAAAAAUAUACCGCGCCCUCCUUCAUCUUCCAUUCAUGUUGAAAUAUCCCCAUGAUCCACGCUUUAGCUUUUGCCACCGAACGGCGAUCCAGUCUACUCGGGAAGGGUUGGCCUUAUACAAAGUCCUGCGAACGAUCACUCGUUCUUACUUAUGCAAGAUUCUUGAUUUUCUAGCUUUCACCAUGGGCAUGCUCCUCAUUGUUCACCUGCACAGCUACUCGGAGGAUUCACCGGAUCACAGCAAAGAGCAGGACGACAGGGACUGGGAGCUCGUUCGGGACGUUGUCAAUAUUCUGCGCCAGGCCGCGGCCGAGAGUGGCGGCUCUGUUGCCGCCGAGUCUGCCAACAUUCUCGGUGCGAUCUUCGAUACCAGGACCCAGCAGAAGGACUGGACUCCACCGGCGACUUGUCAGGUCACCGUGCCUUAUUUCGGGACUAUUACCGUAGGGGCUGGCACCAACCUGUUGAGACUCAAGGGGAAAGAUCCAAAUGUUGGAGCUCCGAGUCCUGUUGCAGCUGCGCAUCCGUCGAAACGUACGGCCAACCAGCUCUUUACUCCACCCAUGUCCGAUCCGGAGGCAUUGAGCAUCAACACCGAGACGAUCGACAAUACUUCCGGACCGGACGUCCUAGGAGCUGACUUCUCGACCCAACCACUAAUUCCAGGAGACGAGUUUGGCACCAGCACCUUAUUUACUGGCUUGUUUGAUGACCUUGGGCAGUGCAUGUGGCCCAAUCCUAACAUAGAUUUGGGGCUGGAUCAUGGCUGGAACUUGAAUUGGUUCGAAUAG